AAUAUUGUCCAUUGCCCAUUGUGAAAAAUGAAUUCUGGAAUCGCUCUAUUUUGAAAGAAAACUUUUUCUACAUCUCAAAAAAUGAUGUAAUGGUUUCGUAAACUGCUCAGUGAAAAUCUCAUAAUGCAGCGUUAUUUGAAUGAGAAAAAAAACAUUGUUUUUUACUGUUAGUAGUACAAAAUUCCUAACGUGUUCAUCUAUAACUAUAUAUGUUUUUCUCCAGGAGGGAAUGCCAAUAAGAUUCAAAAGCAUUCACUUUUUCAACAUUGUUCCAUUCAUGGAUAAAAUUUCUGCAAUGAUGAGACCCUUCAUGAAAAAGUAUGUUGCAGAUUCGUUAGUUAUGCACUCACAAAUAGACACUUUGUUCAACAAAAUUCCAAAAGACAUUCUACCGGAAGACUAUGGUGGAUCCUGUAAAUCCUUGAAAAUUCUUCAUGAAUAUAAAGUCCAGAUGACAGAGAAUACCGAAUUUUUCAAGUUUCAAGAAUCUCAAAUAGUGGAUGAGUUGAAAAGGGCAGAAAAAAGUGAAUUUGCCAGUGAAGUGUUUGGAAUAAAUGGAACUUUCAAAAAACUACAACUUGAUUGAUAGUUCCAGGAUUUUUUCCUCUAUGAAUUGAGUAAACUAUUGAUUUAUACACUCUGGAGCAUCGAAAAUGGAUUGUAUCUAAAUAAAUAUGCGAAAUAUAUAUUUAUACAAACGUA